AUGGCUGUCGACAUCGCCGAUGACCGUUUGCGCCUCCCAAACCCGCCCCCGCUGCUGCAUACUCGCUCUGGCAAUGAGGCCUUCGACCGACCCUCGACCCCCUCCGGCAAUGGCUUCACCAGCCCUCCGCAGACCCCCCAGGGCAGCCCCAGCAAGUCGCGAGCACCACCGGGCUCCUUGGACUUGCCCAACAUCUUCGAUAAAGCCUUGAAGUUAACACCCACUUCGCCUUCCAAAAACACACACAACCAUUUCAAUCACCCUAUGUUCACGGCGGAAAAGAACAGCGUCGAGGACUUCAACGAGAGCGUCAUCCACCAGCGCCCAACGAGCCCCACGCGCAAGGCCAACAAGGAAAACACGCCUCCCGGUACGCGUACAGCAAAGGACCUGGGGCCGAAUCCGACGGCGGCUGCGAUCUCGCGUCACGAACAUUACCAAACCAGGGACACCGAUACGUCCAAGCGCCAUGUUCAGUUACGCGGCCUCACUCCCGAAGAAUUGGAGAAAUUGCAACAACCCAAGGUCAAGCGUUUGACGAAUGUCACACAACUCUAUUUCCUCGACCAUUACUUCGAUCUCCUCAGCUACGUCCACAACCGCCAAACCCGCCACGCCCAAUUCAAAGCCGCCCACCCUGAACCUCCCGUAACCCCAGCCGAAGAAUACGAGCCCGCACUCCUCAAGUACCUUGGUCGGGAACGUGCACAUCUGCGCAAGCGUCGCACGCGUUUGCGCCAGCACGAUUUCCAGAUCCUCACUCAGGUCGGGCAGGGAGGAUAUGGACAAGUCUACCUGGCACAGAAGAAGGACACCCGGGAAGUAUGCGCGCUCAAGGUGAUGAGCAAGAAGUUACUGUUCAAGCUGGAUGAAAUUCGCCAUAUUCUUACCGAGCGCGACAUCCUCACAGCCGCCAAGAGCGAAUGGCUCGUGAAACUCCUCUACGCUUUCCAAGAUGACUCCCAGAUCUACCUGGCCAUGGAGUAUGUGCCAGGCGGCGACUUCCGCACUCUCCUCAAUAACACCGGCGUCUUGCACAACCGCCACGCUCGCUUCUAUAUCGCCGAGAUGUUCAGCUGCAUCGACGCUCUCCAUGUCCUUGGGUACAUUCACCGCGACCUGAAGCCAGAGAACUUCCUCAUCGACUCAACCGGGCACGUCAAGCUGACUGAUUUUGGUCUGGCAGCCGGCAUGCUGAGCCCAGGCAAGAUCGAGUCCAUGCGCGUCAAACUCGAGGAAGUAGGCAACACGCCCGUCCCCUUCGGUCGGCCCAUGGAGCAACGCACAAUGGCCGAGCGCAGACAGGGCUACAAAUCGCUCCGCGAGCGAGAAGUCAACUACGCAAAGUCCAUCGUCGGCUCGCCGGACUACAUGGCCCCUGAAGUGCUGAAGGGCGACCAAUACGACUUCACCGUCGAUUACUGGAGUCUAGGCUGCAUGCUCUUCGAGGCCUUGGCUGGAUACCCACCGUUCGCAGGCGCAACGGUCGAUGAGACCUGGCAGAACCUGAAACGGUGGCAGAAGGUGCUCCGGAAGCCCGUGUACGAGGACCCGAAUUACUUCCUGUCGCGCCGUACGUGGGAUCUUAUUACGAGACUUGUGGCGGCGAAGGAUACCCGGUUUAAGAAUAUCCAGGAGAUCCAUGCGCACGAUUACUUUGCCGAGGUCGACUUUUCGAGGUUGAGGGAGCAGCGCGCGCCCUUUGUGCCAGAACUGGAUUCGGAGACCGACGCGGGUUACUUUGACGAUUUCAGUAACGAGGCUGAUAUGGCGAAGUACAAGGAGGUACACGACAAGCAGCGCGCGCUGGAGGAGAUGGCUGACCGGGAUGAUAAGAUGGGCAAGGGGUUGUUUGUGGGAUUUACUUUCCGUCACCGCAAACCCGCCGCAGAUGGCCAAAGUACACCACGCAAGCCUAUCACGACGGACGGUAGUAACUUCGGAACAAUGUUUUAA